CCUCCACCCGCGCGCGCUGCUGCUGCAGUCGGGGGGAGGCGGCGGCGGCGGCUGUGGGCAGUGCGCGGGGUGCAGGCGGUCGCCGUCGGGGCUGAGGCGGCGGGCAGUGGGCGCAGGCUCCCCGGUGCCCGCCCCUCCGCGGGGGGGGGGGGGCGCGAGCGGGCGGCCGGGGGUGGGGGGGGCCGGCACCGCCGCCACAAAAUGAGCCUGCUGUCGGCCAUCGACACGAGCGCCGCCUCGGUGUACCAACCCGCCCAGCUGCUCAACUGGGUCUACCUGUCGCUGCAGGACACACACCAGGCGAGCGCCUUCGAUGCCUUCCGGCCCGAGCCGCCCGCCGGCGCCGCGCCCCCAGAGCUGGCCUUCGGCAAGGGCCGCCCAGAGCAGCUGGGCUCGCCCCUGCACUCCAGCUAUCUCAACAGCUUCUUCCAGCUGCAGCGCGGAGAGGCGCUGAGCAGCAGUGUGUACAAGAGUGCCUCUCCCUAUGGCUCCCUCAACAACAUUGCCGACGGCCUCAGCUCCCUCACAGAGCACUUCUCUGACCUGACCCUCACCUCCGAGACCCGCAAGCCCAGCAAGCGGCCCCCACCCAACUACCUGUGCCACCUGUGCUUCAACAAAGGACACUACAUUAAGGACUGCCCCCAGGCACGCCCCAAAGGCGAGGGUCUGACCCCGUAUCAGGGCAAAAAGCGCUGUUUCGGAGAGUACAAGUGUCCCAAGUGCAAGAGAAAAUGGAUGAGCGGGAACUCUUGGGCCAACAUGGGACAGGAGUGCAUCAAGUGCCACAUCAACGUGUACCCACACAAGCAGAGACCCCUGGAGAAGCCCGAUGGCCUGGACGUGUCUGACCAGAGCAAGGAGCACCCCCAGCACCUGUGUGAGAAGUGCAAGGUGCUGGGCUACUACUGCCGGCGCGUGCAAUGACCCGGCCGCCCACCAUGCCCCACCGCCCUCCUGCCAGCUGGAGAAGACGCAACCACCCUGCAUGUCCCCAAGUGUGCACGUGCAAGGGGGCAUCCUCGAAGGCUUACAGGUCUGGUGGGUGGGCUCUUAUGUUCUCGUAUGUUGACAAACAGUGUUAACUGACGUAGCUGCCGCCCCACAAGGCCCGCUCUCUGCGACUCUCUACAGGUGGGCCUGGGUCUGUGUGGAGGGGACAAGGUGAGCAGAGGUCAGCGCACAGGACCCCACAGAGCCUUCAGCAUCCCCCGCAGGCUCUCCUCUGAGACUCCCUUUUGGGUGAGCAGCCUUACAUUGGCCACAAGUGCACUAAAUUUACUGUGAAUCCCAGAGCCUGCAGGGGACGGUCUCCCAAAACCAGCCAGGUGGCCUUCUCCCACCCAGAACCUUCCAGUUUGCCCUGUGUGAAAAGCCACUCUUGGAAAGCCCUAAUUUUCUAAGUCAGUGCUCAUGGCAAGCUGACUCCUGUUCUAGCAGCUGCUGGGGAGCGGGCAUCUCUGCCCCCUGCCACUUUGAGCCCCAAACCUGACUGCCUCUGAAGCCACUGGCAUUGCACCUGGGCCCCGCACAUCUCCCCUCCCCCCACACCCCAGAGGUCAGGGAUGGGGAGGCACUGAAUGUUGGACGGUGCUCCAGCGUGUGACCUGGGGCACAGAGGGCAACGCCCCCUCCCCCACCACAGACUUCCCCCACGCGUUUGGAUUUUGCCAGCCCUAUCCCCUUCCCUUCUCCUUCCCCUCUCACCCAUGCUGGGGAGCCACACCCGGCAGGAGGCUAUAGGACCCAGCAGGGAAACCACUCUGGCAGGAAGGACCCAGGCCUGGCAGUCCAAAGACCUGGGUUUUAAUGCUGACCCCGCCACUGAUGCACUACAGAGCCUUAAGAAGGAUUCUCACCUCUGGGCCUCUGUUUCCCCACUAAGAGAAAGAGAGAGUGACACCAGAGAGGCCCAUUUCUGUCCUGAUGUUCUGGAAUUCUGCCUGGCUGGGUGCCAUCUCCUGGAGCAGAGAGCUUUAUUUGGAGAGUUUCCCCAGGCUCCCUACCCAUCCCCUUCCCACUAUCACCCGUCAGUCAGUCACUUAAGAAAUCAGGUGGAGAGAUGCAGGUCCUCCCCUGUUGCCCCCUGCAACCCCAGCCAUGUCUUUUGUCCCCUACCCUGCAAACGUGAAGGAGAAAGGUCUCCCCCUCCUUACAGGGCAACCCCAAGACAUGCUACAGAACCUCUGGUUUGCAAAGUGGAGACAAUGAUUCCUACCUCCCGAGGGGGCGGAGAGGCCUCCUGGCAUUCACACUGGCCAGGCCUGCCGAUGCUGUCCCGGCUAGUGGGAAGGAUUGCCUUCCUCUCUGCUCUCUCCCCCAUGAGAAGCCCUAUUUGCUUUGUCAUAUUACCCUUCCUUUCUCCCAGGGCUGGGUCCUUUGAUGUUGCCCCAACAUUAUGCCUCUGUGGGAAAAAAAGAAAAAAAAAAUCAGACCGCGGAAUGGGCCUGAAAUUCAGUGUUUACCACGGCUCAAGGACACCCAACCUGGGGCCGGUCGUCUUUGGUUUUCAAGUGAAAAUGCUUUGUACAACUGAGGAGUUACAGCAAAGUGUUAAUCAGGGGUCCAGGGAGUGAGUUGGAGAGAUGGAGUUGAGAGUAUUUGCAGCCAGAGGGCUGCAGGGUAGAUUGGGAGGGGGGGGCCAAGCCCUCUGAGCACUUAGGAAGGGUGUGUGUGCUCCAGCCUGAGCCCUGUAGCUGCCUCCCUCCAGGCCUGCAGGGGCAGAACGCCCGCCACCAACUGUGAACGUGCUUACCGCCCACUGAAGAAUCCCUCUGCUCCCUGCCUGCUCUACUGUGUCAAGGUGAGCCAGAGUCACCCUGGCCCUGGGUUCUCUGUCCCCGAGAAGCUGUCACUGUCAGUCAUCCUCGUGUCCCUCUAAAGAGAGCAUUCACAGGGGUGGCAGUGUCCUGGUUUCCACUGCGAGGACAAGGCCCCAAGACUUCCAGGGACCUGGCCCCACAGGGAGGACCUGGGCUUCUGGGUGCUUGGGCUGAGGUUGUGCGGGAAGUCCACAUCCUAGAAAGAACCCAGGCUCCAGACUCCAGAAGGAAUAUCACCCCAAAGUGACCUUUGCAGUAGGUUUGUCCAGCUGGCAGUCACUACCGCUGCCAUCUGUGCAGAAUCAGCCACUGUGGGGGGGCUGGGCCCUCCUGCCUGGGGCAGCCCUUCCAUACUGCCUCCGCCCCCUGGCUGAAUUUGGGAGCUCUGUGUGGUCAGCAAAAGCCACUGCUGUCCAGGCUGGUGCUGUGAGAAUUAAGUGCUCAGAGGGCCUGGGCGUCCAGGAGACAAGAAAGUGUGUGGUUUCAGUAUGUUCAAAAGGGACAAUCGCUUGCAGUUAGUAGAUCUAGCGAUCUAGUUGGGAGAUAAUGGUGUUUACCCCAUAUGAAGUAUUCAAUAGUUCUACUUGUGAAUUUGUAUUUAUUUUGAGUUAUACUUGACACAGAAUUCCUUUUUUUUUUUUUAAAGAAAAAUACUAUGUGUGUAUUUUGAAAAGAAAAUUCAUGGAUGUUAAAAUUUCUGCAUGGUUUCCAAUUUUUCUCACAACACUGAAUUUGUUACCUUCUCCCGAAAAAUCUUCACAGUGAUUUUUGUCUGUAUAUAUUUGAGGGCCUUUUUUUAAAAAAAAAAAAGAAGAAAAAGAAAAAGACAAGAAAAAUAUAAUUACUUGAUUUUUGAGAUUUAAAAUAAACAAAAGGAGAGGCAUUUUCAAAACUUCAGAGCUUUCAGGAGGGCAGUAGAAUAUCAAAUGAAGAUUUCUGAAAGUAUUUUUUGCAAACCUUCUGGUUGAGCUGCAAGAAAAUAUUUAUGGUGAGAACUUUUCUCUUUUUCCUGUUUUUUUUUUUUUGGUUUGAUUUUUUACUAUGCUUUGGUCUGUAAAAAGUCUGCAACUGAAUUACAUUAAGGAAAUAUUGUCUACAUAGAAUAUUAUAUGAAGUUGGUACAUAAUUCUGAUGAGGAAAAAAAAAUCUUUGCAAUUCUUUAAGCCAUAUUAUUGUUAUUCUCUCUUGUUUGCCUUGGAUGAAAAUAUCAGUAUUAAGUAGUCAGCAUAUUAUUCAAGUGCUUAUACUUAUUAAUAUGUUCCUGUCCUGUAUUUAUACAUAUGUGUAUUUUGGAAAGUAUUGCCUUUUUGGAGGGAAGCUAUUAUUAGAUACUUAGUGAAAAAGGGAAUGGGGAGCUCUUUGAGCCUCUUCAGCUGAGGAUAACACAGCACUAUAAUCCAUUCUCUUGCACCUUCUUAUUAUUAUCUUGUUAUUAUGGUUAUUAAUCUUGUGGGGGGGCAGGAGUGAGCUAGGGGAACAGGGGGCAUGUGACUGACUAGCCCCUCUAUGGUUGGCCGGCUCCAAAGAUGGCCUCCUUGGCCUGAUCCAGGGCUUCCGGUCAGAACAGCCCAAAGAGGGAAGAGGAAGACAGACUUCACACCGUCCCUUUUGGAGCUUUGCCAUCUGAGCCAUGCCCCAGGUCCCCAUGCUCUUUGAACUUGGAUUUGUCACCCUGCCCUCCACCAUCUAAUGGACUUGAAUCUACUCGAAAUGAAUAUUUAACCCAGCAUCACUACAUCAUAGCCCAGAGCGACAGCUAACCCUGAAAUCUGGGAGGCGUCCAGCCUUGGGGAAUUCAUCGCUCUUUGUUGCCAACCUCACUCGACGUCCUCCACUCGCAUGUGGUGACCCUGUCCAUGUCUGUAUCUGUUAAUAUGUGUGUGUCCAGCUAGAAAGACAAACAGAACCCGUGGGCCAGCUCGGAGGGUGCGUGGAGGAGGCUCCCGACCACUCCCGUGGGCCGCCCUCGGGAUGGCAUUCCGUUGUGUGCCUUAUUCCUGGAGAAUCUGUAUACGGCCUGCCUAUAGAAAUAUAGCCUUUUCAUGCUGUAUUAAAAGGACUCUUAAAAGCAA